UUUGUGCAUUUAUCAAUUCAUAACAGACGUCAAGAGAAAGAGGCGAGAAGGGAUUGUCAACCAGACAAAUUCUUUUUGAACUGACAGAUACAGAGAGGAUCUAAAGGCACUUUUUGAACAUCUGAAACACUGUUUGUUAAUCAUCCAAACAGAGCACAAACGUAAUCAUUUUGGAUAAAACUAACUAUGUCCCCUCUGAGGAUCGUAGCAAGACAAGGACAUUUUAUCACACUGGUGCUGCUUUCAUGGGCCGCUGUGGAGGUGCAAGGAGGCUGUCCACUAAAAUGCUCUUGUCCUUCCUCGCCCCCCUCGUGUCCUCCGGGUAUCAGUUCGGUUCUGGACUCAUGUGGGUGUUGUCGGGUCUGUGCCAGGCAGUUUAACCAGGACUGCAGCCCUACUGAGCCCUGUGACCACAUUAAAGGACUGCGCUGCCACCUAGCGGCCGCUGGAGACCCUGACAGAGGCCUGUGUAGAGCUGAGGCUCAAGGUCGUCCAUGUGAGUUGGAUGGACGGGUGUAUCAGCACGGCGAGGACUUUCAGCACACCUGUGAGCAUCAGUGCACGUGCGUGGAUGGAGUAGUCGGCUGCGUCCCACUGUGCCCACACCGCAUCUCUCUGCCCGACUGGCGCUGCUCCCGCCGGCGCCUCAUCAAACUGCCCGGCCGCUGCUGCCAGGAGUGGCUGUGUGAUGAUGACAACCGCAUUGCUGAACAGGAUCCGUUGCCUGACGCUCAUCUACAAAAGCAGACAGACAUAAUAGGCAACGAGUUACUUGUAGCUCCAUCUACUUCUUGGGAUAGCAGUGCAGGAGCCCCUUAUCAAGAGUGGAUUUCAUCCUCUAAGUCCCACGACGUCCUUCCUCCCACCUGCUUACUGCAGGUCACUGAUUGGUCCCCGUGCUCAGCCACCUGUGGAAUGGGCGUGUCCAGCCGUGUAACCAACAGUAAUCCUGAGUGUAGGCUUGUCAGUGAAACUAGGCUCUGUCAGAUACGAGGAUGUGACGUCAACCCUGCACCAUCACUGAAGAAAGGAAAGAAAUGUCAGAGAACCACACGAACACCGAAACCUGUGCAGAUCGUAUUUGCCGGAUGCUUCACUGCUCGCCGUUACAGGCCUCGUUCAUGUGGAUCCUGCUCAGACGGUCGCAUCUGUGUUCCCUCUGUGACACGUACAAUCCGUCUACACUUUCACUGUCCCGAGCCAGAACGAGACGACUUUACCCGCAAUGUCAUGUGGAUACACCGCUGCAGCUGCAGUCAAAGAAACAGCAGACAGGGCCUGUCAUCACAAGCAGAGUUCUUCAAUCUGCCAAACGAUAUACACACAUACACACAUGGACAUUAGUUUAAAGAACCUAUUUAAAGGCAUCUUCUCAAUUUUCUACUGUACCCAAUGUUCUGUGCAAAUGUUUUAGUCCAUUCAUCAAUACAACAGUAUAAUCUCAAUAUAACAAUAAUAUGUAUCUAUAUAAAUUAUAUAGACAUUGCUGUUAUAUCAGGUUUGUAGUGACACAUGGGAAAAAUUAUGACUGUAAAGCUUAGGAAAAAUAUAGUAUAAUCCAUACCAUACACAGGCUAAUAAUUCAAUAUUCAUACCCUUUUGUUGUAACCAUAAAACCAGAUUUACUGUAUAUAGUGUAAAUAUGUAUUAAUUCCACUGUACAUAUAUAUAUUGUUUCUAUUUUAUAAUAUUUACCAGACUUCAGUUCUUGUGAAGUGUCAUAUUCAAACCUCAAUUUUUUGAGGUGAAUGGCAAAUAAUAAUAUGGAGCAAAUACAUUUAUUUGUAUAAAUAUAGUAGUUUCAUUUUGUAAAAUAAAAUUUUGAACAGUU